AUCCGCCGAAGGGAACCGGGCGGACGAGCACGAGCAGGAGCGCCCAGAGCAGAGAGGGGCAGGCGGCACGGCACACAAGUUGGCGCAGCGAGCCGAGCCCUUUAUUCCCCGAAUCCCCGCAACCAAAUCGAAUCCAAUCGCCUCCGCACUCCGCACCGGAUCGAGUCGGGGGAACCAGCGGCGGCGGCGAUGGCGGCGGAGAAGCCGGCUCCGGUGCGCGUGCUGUACUGCGGCGUCUGCGGCCUCCCCGCGGAGUACUGCGAGUUCGGCCCAGACUUCGAGCGUUGCAAGCCCUGGCUGCGCGCCCACGCGCCGGGGGUCUACCCGGACGAGCUCAUCGCCUCUUCCUCCUCCGGCGGCGGCGGCGACAAGGAUGUGGACAAGGUCGGGGAGCGCCUCCAGGGCGUGGGGAUCUCGGACGGCUCCACCAGCAGCGCUGCAGGGGAUGCUUCUGCAUCUAAGCCGGAAGAGGUGAAACGCCUGCCUGGUGGUAAGGUCAAGAAAAAGGACAAGCAGGAGGUUGUGAUUGAGAAGAUUGUCCGCAACAAGCGCAAAUGUGUCACUGUGGUGAAAGGACUUGAAUUGUUUGGUGUAAAGCUGAGUGAUGCUUCGAAGAAGCUUGGGAAGAAGUUUGCAACUGGAGCUUCUGUUGUUAAGGGCCCAACUGAGAAGGAGCAGAUUGAUGUUCAAGGGGACAUAUCAUAUGAUAUUGUGGAGUUUAUUACAGAUACGUGGCCUGAUGUACCUGAGUCUGCCAUUUUCUUCAUUGAAGAUGGAAGGAAGGUUCCUGCUGCUUGAUGUCAGAUGGUUUACAAGGCAUGAGACCAGUGGAUUUACAAAUAUAAUACAGGUACAAGGCAAGAGCAUGGUUUACAAGAUAUGACCAGGCAUGAUGUCAGAUGGUUCAUCUCUUGUGCGAAGUCAUCGUCUGUUGUUUCAGUUUCUAGGCUAAGUCACAAGUGGUAUUUUGUUUACCACCGACAUCUGCUUCCAUGUAUUAAAUCAAAUAUAUAUAUUUUGCAAUUUCCUGAAAGCAUGUUUUGUCGUUAUGUUGUCUGAAAA